AUAAGGAAUAAGUUCCACUGUGAAGCAAGAACCAUAUAAAAAGAUGUGUUAAUUUCCAGUAGACUUCAGGUCGCAUCUAAGAGCGCAUAAGUUGUGAACGACAAUUCUCUCAAAAAUAUACAAUUUCUUUUAAAGUUUAUUUCAAAAUUGUCAAAAGGCAUUUCACAAACACGCGCCUAAAAUUUCCGAAACGGUGAAAGCUAUUUCGUCAACAGCAAAUAACACAACAGCAGUGAAGAUUUUUUGAGCAAAAGUUUACAAUAUGUGGGGAAGAUACCUCGUAGUACUGUUAUUGGCUCUAACGCCGCAUGCCAUACUCAGUAGCGAGCUAGAAACUGUGUAUGAGUGGAAACAAAUGGUAUUUGGCUUCCCCACGGAUGCAGAUCGUCAAGAAGCAAUAGCCAAUGGCAACUUAAUACCAGAAAACGCAACACCCAUCGAUGUGGCGGUCGACUACCACUCGGAAAAGGGAACACGUGUCUUUACGACAACACCCAGAUUCACUACGGGCAUUCCGUAUACUUUAGCAGUGGUGACUAACACAACUGAGGAUAAUGGACCAGUGCUGAUGCCAUAUCCCGACUACAGUUGGCACAAUUCAUAUGGCGAUGAUUGUGAUAAAAUUACUUCAGUGUACCGUGUGGCGAUCACGGAGUGCAAUCAGAUGUUUGUACUCGAUACGGGCGCUAUAUUCACGGUUAAACAUUGUCCACCACAGCUACUCGUCUUCGACUUGAACACCGAUACCUUGUCGCAUCGUUAUGUUUUUGAUCCAAGCAUAUACACAGCAAACGCUUCACUCUUCAUUACGCCAAGAGCUAUUGUGAGUGAUCCUCCGCCAACCGGUAACUGUAGCAAUGUAAAAGUGUACAUGACCGAUGUCACGUUUCAUGGUCUGGUUGUUUAUGACUCGGAAUUGGAUGCAGCUUGGCGUAUCGAGAAUAGAUUUAUGUAUCCCCAUCCUGAUCAAGGUGUCCACACAAUUGCCAAUCAGACAUUCAUUCUAAUGGAUGGCAUGUUUGCUUUGGCCAGUGAUCAAGAGCAGCUCUACUUCCAUCCUUUGGCCAGUGUGACCGAGUAUGCAGUCCCGCUGAGCAUUAUAAACAACCGUACCAAUUUUUUGGAUAGUGACGUUGCCAUGCCGGAGGCAUUUAGUCAAGUAGGCACACGCAGCAGUUCAACUGCCGCCGAGGCAAUGGACAGUCAGGGGAAUCUCUACUUUGUUACAUUCAAUCCAAUAAAGUUGACUUAUUGGAGUCCGAAUGCGACGUACACACCUGAAAAUGAGAUCGAAAUACCAGCAGAUCCACAACUGAUUGAGUUUGUAAGCGGCAUGAAGGUGCACACAAACGAUACCGGCGUAGAGGAGUUAUGGAUGCUGUCGGAUCGUUUUCAGGAAAUCGCCAACGGCGCUAUUGAUUUUAGUGAAAUUAAUUUCCGCAUUUUGCGUCGACCACUUGAUGACAUACAAAACAGCGACUGAUCUUCACUGGAUUUUGCAAAAAGUCUAUUGUGGCAUUGUGGAAACCUUUUAUGGAAAAUUACUGCCCAAUAUUAUUGUUUGAUAUGCAAAUAGUUUUGGUGCAAUAAAGAAAAGAAGGCUCUUUAUUUC